AUGUCCACCCACCGAUCAUUUUCGGACGGCAUUCUUGCCCUAGCUGGAGCCAAGAACGAAAACGAAACUGACACCGACGAUGACCUCGCCAGCCUUGGCUCUCAAGAAGCCGCCAAGUUGGAACUACAGAGGGAGAAAGAACGAAUCAAUAACACAAGAUCUAACAGCGAUAGUGACACGGACAGCGGCCAAGCCCCCAAUGAGCAGGCUCCCAACACCACCAAUCGCCGCGCGACCAUCAAAGAGGAGGGAAAAGGAGAAGAAGAAAUCACAAUCGCUGGGAUGCCAGUGCCAGCUCCUGGAGGACCCGCCUGCACCAAGGGAGAUGACGAAUCUUACCACGGAGAGGACGGGCCUUUGCUAGUGUCCAACAAACGAAAGCGCGCGAACAAAAAAAACGGGGAGUGCAAAAAGCAGCCCAAACAAAACAACAACGAAACUCAUGAUUAG